CUUUCAUCCCUAUCUUGCAUUGCGUGCCUGGUCCCACAUCACCCCACCGCCACAAAGACGUCACCGCAACCACCAGCUCCACCACCGCCAUGGCGACAGAACCCGACUAUCUAGAUCCCUCCUUCGAGCCCAGCUCCGUCACCGUUCCGCGCCUGCGAAACAUCCUCCUGGAGCACGGGGUCCAGUACAACUCAUCGGCGAAGAAACCCGACCUCAUCGCUUUGUUCAACGAGCACGUUGCGCCAAAGGCCUCCAAGAUCCUGAAGUCGCGAUCGCGGACAAAGCGCUCUACCAAGGGCAUAGAAGAUGUGCCAUCUAGUCAGUCGAGUACUCUGGACGACGCGGAGGAUGAGGUGCCUGUGCUACCUACACUCAGCACUGUGAAGCGCACCUCUCGGAGGACCACCCGCGCCGCGACCGAGGAGGAGGGCGAUAAGACUUUGGUACCCGGUCUACCGGCUACUACCCGAGGAAAGACUCCAUCCAAAGCUGCAAAGCAUGCUCGAGAAACAUCGGAUGUGGAGGUUGAAGAGCGCCCCGCGGCCCGGCGCACCAGACACAGCGUUACGCCCGCUGUGAAAGAUGAGGAGUCGGAGCCGGAAACAUGGCAUCGACAUGACGACACCGAGAGUCCCUUCACUGCGGACAAUCCCUUCCAGAGCGGCAGCUCUCCUCUUCAAGCAGAUACACGACCCGACCGACGACGAAGGACUCUUGGGCUCGUCGAGAAGGAGAAGAGGAAGAGUAGCACAGCGAGGCGUCGGACAGAACAGCCAAGAGUGGAACAACAGGACGAUGGCAUUGUCGUCCCCACUAGGAGAACUUUUGAGAUGCCGGCAACGCAGCUCAAGCGGGAGAGAGCGUCUCUAACGCCAAGCGCACAGAUUAAGCGGGAGAGGGUGUCUGCGACGCCCAGUGGCCUAGAACCCGGAGAGGAAUUCACACCGGAGGAGACCAUGGAUCUCGUUCACGAGCAGGAACAGAACGGCGAUGUCGCGGUCCUGCCUCCGCGACGAAAGAAACAGCCAGCAAAGUCAACUGGCACUCUCAAAGCUGGUAUCUGGGCCGUGUCUCUAGCAUUGGCAGGUGGUUUGGGUACCGUAUGGCGACAAGAGAAGCUUGCGGUUGGGUACUGUGGCGUUGGACGCGACCAGCCCUCUCUGGCCGGUAUCGAUAUCCCAGAAUGGGUGAAUGACUUCAUCCCGCAGUGCGAACCAUGCCCACCACACGCAUAUUGCUACGGCGACCUCGAAACAGUGUGCGAGCCGGACUUCAUACUAAAGCCACAUCCAUUCUCACUUAAUGGACUGGUUCCGCUUGCCCCGACCUGUGAACCAGACAGCGAAAAGGCCCGGCGCAUAAGCCAGGUCACCGACAGAACCGUCGAAAUCCUCCGGGACCGACGGGCCAAAUGGGAGUGUGGCGGCCUAACCGAUGGCGACGGCAACCCCAUACCCGCAGUCGAGAUGAGCGAGCAAGAGUUGAAAGACGAGAUGUCCGCGAAGCGUCGCAAGAGCAUGUCGCAGCAAGAGUUCGAGGACCUAUGGACCGGCGCCAUCGGCGAGAUCGAGAAGCGCGAAGAAGUCGUCACAAACACCGACGGAAUCACCGGCCGGCGAACCCUCACCUCCACCUCAACCGCCAACCUCCCCCUCGGCUGUAGCCUCCGACUCUGGGUUAGAGAAUCACUGGAACGACAUAUUUGGCAGCUUAUUGGCAUAGUCCUCUUCUUCGCAUCUGGGUCGUAUGGGUGGUCUACUAUCACCUAUGGUCGCCAGACGGAGGUGAGGGCGAAGAAGCUUGCGAAGUACGCUCUCGACCGGCUCGCGUCUCAUGCGGCGCUGAACUCGCAGGAGCCGGGGGCGUACCCGGAAGUGGGGAUCAGUAUGACACAAUUGAGAGACGACGUUUUGCGAGACGAGUUCUCGGCGAAACGGAGACAGAAGCUGUGGGAGAAAGUGCAGAGCAAAGUUGAACAUAACUCCAACGUUCGCGCAGCGGUGCGCGAAGGCAGGAGCGGUGACGUAACGCGGAUGUGGGAAUGGAUCGGGCCCGUGGAAUAUCUUGAAGAUGGGCGUGGGAGUGGACGGCGGGACAGCGGCAGGCGAAGUCUGGGGCCUGUCGUUGGAUCGAGUCCUGCACGUGUAGGCACGCCUCUUGGGGACGAGAUGAGGCAGGCUGGGAAGUGGGACGAGGGCAGACCGAUCUAUUGAUGUUUGUGUUUCUCAUACGGCUUAC